CUGACACUCAGCUCCAGGUGACCCUCAACCAUGAGGUCCCUCACACUCCUGGCUGCCCUUCUCCUCUUGGCCCUCCAGGCCCAGGCUCAGACCCUCCAAGAGACAGCUGACCAGGUUUCCGCCCAGGACCAGCCUGAAGCCAAGGACCAGGGUGAGCUUUGGUCUGAGGACGAGGACCAGGCUGAGGAUGGUGAGCAGGACGUGGCCAUCUCCUUCACAGGAGCGGAACGCCUCGCUCGAGCUGCAGAACCUGGGAAAAUAAAAAUAAAACGCUGCCGCUGCAGACGCAACUGCCAAGUUAACAUCUUGGGUAAGGUGCUAGAGCGUGUCAGUGGGGUGUGUAAAAUCCUUGGCCGUCGACGCAAGCUGUGCUGUCAAUGAGCUUUGUGGACCGAGACCUGAAGCACCUCGAGAUGCCCCUGAAGACCUGGAAAAGCGUUUAGUUGUUGCACCUGUGCCUUUUCUUCUCUCACCUAAAUAAACCUCAAGCAUCAAACUCAC